CUAAAGAUAUGAUGAGAGAAUUACAUAUGGCUGCAGAAAUGAGACAUUUGGCAAAAGAAAAAAUAUCACAGAAAGUUGAUACAAUUAGAGGGUGGAUCUCAAGAUAUUCAACGCAUAUAAAGAUGGAAGCAGCAAAAAAAGCAUUAACUACCAGCGGUAAUUUCUAA